CCAUACUAAUCGCCGAUUUCAACCGAAAGAACCGAAAGAGAAUUCAAUCGCUGAAAAUUUCCGGAACCAUGAAGUUGUUCUUAUCCGUGUGCGUGGUGGCCCUGGUGGCCGGCAUUGUCGUUGCCGAUGACAGCAAAGGACCCAAAGUGACCGAGAAGGUUUUCUUUGACAUCACCAUUGGCGGUGAGCCCGCUGGUCGCAUCGAAAUCGGUCUGUUCGGCAAGACCGUUCCAAAGACGGUGGAGAACUUCAAGGAGCUGGCACAGAAGCCCGAGGGCGAAGGCUACAAGGGCAGCAAGUUCCACCGCAUCAUCAAGGACUUCAUGAUCCAGGGUGGCGAUUUCACCAAGGGCGAUGGUACCGGAGGACGCUCCAUCUAUGGCGAGCGCUUCGAGGAUGAGAACUUCAAGCUGAAGCACUACGGUGCCGGCUGGUUGAGCAUGGCCAACGCUGGCAAGGACACCAACGGAUCCCAGUUCUUCAUCACCACCAAGCAGACCAGCUGGCUGGAUGGACGUCACGUUGUCUUCGGCAAGAUCCUGUCCGGCAUGAAUGUGGUGCGCCAGAUCGAGAACUCGGCCACCGAUGCCCGCGACCGUCCCGUCAAGGAUGUGGUCAUCGCCAACAGCGGCAGCAUCGCCGUCGCGGAGGCCUUCUCCGUGGCCAAGGCCGAUGCCACCGAUUAAACUGGCUUGGAAGCGGGCUCUACAUACUGAGCCUCAUCAUCCAUCAGCAAGCAUAACCGAUUUGAUUUAAGCCUAAACGCAUUAUCGAUUUUUCCAGACAUAUGCAUUUACCAUAGCUCGCCAUGUUUAUUUACAUUUUGUUCCGUAAGCAAGUAACAGUGCUCAACUAAGAAAAAGAAAAGAAAUGGCAUAAAUAAAGAGAAUUGUGUGUGAUA